GGAGGAGGAGGAGGAGGACACAGCGCAGGUAGGCGACAAGGUCGAGCCUCACCGUUAAUACCGAAAGUGACCGAGGGACCGAGGUGAUAUGAUGUCCCGCCUGUCUUUGUCGUGAUGGUGAGGCGGGAGCAUGGCGGCGAAGCAGCAGCAGAAGCGAGGUGAUAUGACAGAGACACCAGAGAGCACAGUCAACAUGGAGGAGUUCUUGAGCACGGUGGGGGAGUUGAGAAGCCUCAUUGAGAAGACAUCUCGUCAGGCAGAGGAGUUGGAGAGGAGACAUGGCGCCAUCCUCUCUGCUCCCACCCAGGACAAGAGAAACAAAAAAGAGCUGGAGCAGCUGAACAAUGAGACCAAGAGGAACGCCAACUUGGUCCGAGCAAAGUUAAAAUCAAUGCAAAAGGACUUUAACGUGGACGAGAACAGUCAAAGUGCUUCAGUAAUCCAGCGUAUUCAGAAGAACCAGCACUCCCACCUGACUCGUUGGUUUGCUGAAGUCAUGAGGGGCUACCAUAAGGCACAAGUCUCCUUCAGAGAGAAAUGCAAAGCACAAAUUCAGAGACAGCUGGAGAUCGUGGAUAAAGUGACUACAGAUGAGGAGCUGGAGGAGAUGCUGCAACGUGACAAUCUUGCCAUCUUCAUAUCUGAUGUCAGCUCUCAAGCUCGGAUCUCAAGCCAGGCUCUGAGUGAGAUUGAAUCUCGUCAUCAGGACAUCAUCUGCCUGGAGUCCAGCAUCAAAGAGCUGCACGAGAUAUUUGUCGACACUGCCAUGCUGCUGGAGAUUCAGGGGGAUCUGAUCAACAACAUAGAGAAGAACGUGACAAGUGCUGCAGAGUACGUAGACAUUUCCAAAGAUGAAACCUAUAAAGCAGUCGCGUAUAAGAAAAACCCCUAUAAGGUAACUUCUCUCCCGAGCUUCUUUAAACCCUUCAAGAGGAAAACCACUGAUAAAACUGCUACUGAUCAAAACACUUCAGACUUGAGCCAUGACUGAGCUCCUGAAACUGUUUGAACAUUGACAGCACCAAACAUUCUGAUCCACAUCAAAGCCUGAGCUCGCAGGAGCACACUUUGGUUAAUGGUACAGUGCCUGUCUGCCCCCUCCAAUGCCUUUUCUUCCAAAGGAUAACGAGGACGCUGUUAUUUUUAAAUUUAAAUAAUGAAUUUGAAUUCAACUACUGUGAUAAUGACCUGUCAAAUAAAAGUGGCAAGAUGCUGUGGAUGAGACUUGAACGCAGGCUUGCAAGGUUACUGUGGACUGCCAAAGGACAAAUGCUGCAUACAACAUAAAAAAAAAGUUUUUGAACACUGAAUAACAAAGAAAAUGUUUUUUAACACACCAACCCAACCAACGUUUUCAGAAGCAAAACACUUGGUUUAAUUUGUUCAUACGUUCUCGUACGUUGAAGUGAUGUUCCUCUUGUGGCCAGUAGGUGGCAUGCCAGCCUUAGCAAAAACUGUGAACUGUCCUCCGUCCCCUCUGACUUGUUUUUGUCCCAUACUGUGUGUUUUAAUGAUGUGCUGUAUUGUGAUGUCAUGCUGUCUAUUGCUCAGAAAGAGAUGGUCGGAAUGUCUACUAAAACCAAGCUUAAAUUAAACCUUAUUGGCCUCUGUACAUGUGUUACUGCCACUUUAUUCUAAUGGACUGCAGUGACCUCACAUACAGAAUCAGUCAUUGUGUGUGAUGUACAAAAACGCUGUCAGAGGUCGAGAAGCUGUCUAUCUGUAAUGUACAUGUUUUAUGCUCUUUCCAAGGUAAAAGAUAAAGGAAUUAUUCAAUGUGA